UUGCAAAAUCUGUUUCAGCGUUUCUCAAGCUGUAAUUCUGGUACAAUUCAUCGCUAGCGAAACUAUAGGAACGUUUUGCCUAAAACGACUGGUUUUAAUAGGAAUUGUGGCUUCUUGAUGGGUAAAAACGGACGGCAAAAAGAAGGAAGAGAAAAAAAACAUCGUUAGUAAAACUCAUCUCACCACGGAAUGAGAUGCGCGAGUCGUAAUGAUUAUAUGAUGCGUACAGCCACGGUAAGCAGCAGCAGUAGGGACGGUUCUACUGCGUUAUCACCCACCACCGCUCCCGUAAUAAAUGCGUUUCAUUAUUCUGGUUACGUUUUUAUGGUCGCGAAAACGAGGCAACAAAAUCUUCUCCACUCGGAAAAUACUACCGCCAGGCGACAUUAACUACGAGGUACGGGGGUUGUUAGUUUUAUUUUUACGACACUACGAAAAUAGACACCGUGUUCCGGCCGUUUUACCCCGCUUGGUGAUGAUUUUUCAUGAAAACACUCAAAAAUUUGUUGCUUGUGAAUUACGGGAACGGAAAAUGCCAGCGAAGUAAAGAGUUGUGUACAAAAGCGCCCAUUUUGUGGAGCAAACUAAUAUUACCGCGCUGUGAACUAACGCUACUUAAAUCUUUUUAUAACGCCUCUCACUCAUCCAAGAUAGCUUUGAUAUCGUUACCUCAUCAACGUAACGCUUCUCUCGUGUGCAUAGUGGUUGACAGUGGCUUUGUCAAAACGUUAGUUUACUCCAAAAUCAAUUUUCUGUUGUUUCUGCUCCUUUGAGCAAUGUCUGUGGAUUUGGUCUAUAGAGAGUAUUAUUUUAGUGGACCGUGUUGAUUGAAGCACUUCAAACAAUCCAAUCCAUUCUGCUAACACGAUUAAGUGCUGUAUUUUUAUGUCUUAAAAAAAAGUUGGGACUCCGUUCGCAGUGCGUUUUGGGCCACCGAAAUUGCGUACCCAAUCGAUGUGUCGAAGAAGGGGAGAACAAAACGAAACCAACCGCACCGCGUGAGGACGGCUGCACGCAAUCAAAACAAACCCAACUCCGGUCCGGCUGGCUGCAGGCAGGUUUGAUUUUAAUCUAAUAAAAUUGCUGCUUGCCUGAACAUAUUCCGGACAGCCCAGCCUAGCUUCAGUGCGUUUCACAGGCACCAAAAGUGCAAAGGACGGAACGAGUAUCGGUUUAUCGGAAAGAGGAAAGAUUCGUGUUCUGUGUGCCCCACAUCCCUACACACUCACGAUCAACGAGCGGAAUAAUGAACUCGAACUAUGUAAAAAAAUGUACCGAGUUCUUGCAGAACAUACCGGCCCACAAACCGGCCGCAACCAAUAUUGCUGCUGCCGGUGUUGCGGUUGCUCAUACCGAUCCGUCCCACUCCGCCGUCCCUCCGCAACAACCACAAUCGAAGACCGAACCGAAUGACAACAGAGCGAGUAAAAAAGCUUCCCGAAGGGGUCGCACGGCUGGCGGUGGUUUCAGUGUGGGCAAGCGCCCCAUUUGGCGUCACCCUGGUGCCGGCCCUGUUGCCGGGUUUGGCCGCCCUGUGGAGCGUACCCAUUCGCCAACGCACAUGGACCAGCAGAAGUUCGUCAGGUCUUGCUGUCCUUCACGCCGUCCAGACACAUCACAGCCCGGACAUGGCCGGGUGAACUGCCGGUGGGAAGAGGAGACGCGGCAACAUCCUCUAGCGCACGUUCCACCGACACCGCCCAUCGGUGACAUGAUUGCGGACCCGAUACAGGAAGGUCGUGGAGACGCAGAUAACGUCAAUCAUCCGGAUGGAAUUGGACAGACGAACGUGCAAACGGCAGAGAUACCGCCGACAAAUGUGGGUGGCGAACUAGCGACGGGGCAACGCAAUCGUCCGACGGAGGAAUGUCAGGAUCGUCAACCGCUGUCCUGGUCCGGGAUACUGUCCAAGGCUUGUCCGCUUCCAGCUGUCAGCGAACGAAAGGAUGGUGCAAAUUGUGUGGAAGACAGCCCCGAAUGCCCGAACUGUCAGCUGCUGCAGCAAAACUGGCAGGAUGAGCGGUACCGGCACGCCCAGGAAAGCGCCCAGUUAACGGAGCAGAUUAAUUAUCUGCAGCAACAACUGCGGGUGGACGAGCGGCUAGAGCAACGGAUGGGCGAAACGAUAAAAGCACGCUACCAUAGCAUGGAGCAAGAUAUUACGAAAUUAAAGCUCGCGGUCGAUGAGAAAAACACCGAGCUGGGUCUGAUAAACGAUCUAAAGCGUAAGCUAAAGGAAACGCAAAGCAAAUUGAAGCGGAGCGAACAGGAGCGGAGUGAAGUGGAAAAGCGUCUAAUGGUGGCGGAGCUGGAAAAUAAGAAACUAGAGCUUUUCCUGGACGCUCAGGCUCUGCACUUACGCAAGGUGAAAAACGAGCUCAGCCACAUUCACACACUUUCGAUCAAGCAGAUAGAAUAUCUGGACGAACCAUCCGAUGCGCUUAUACUGGACGAUGCAAGCACCGCACGUCGUCGGCGUCAUCCAUCGUUGCAUAAUUAUGCACCGACCGUACAGUCCUCCGAGUGUGAUACAACCACCGCGAAUGCAAGUCCCAUCCAAUCACUGGUUUCCCUUGGGACACUCUCGAAAGAUCAUCACCCAGUACGGCGAACCGGUCCCAGGCAGUCAUCUUCGAAAUCUCCCCGAAUCGUACUCGAGGUGGCCACGAAACGAAAAUCUCAUUCCCGGUCGGUGACCAGCACCACCUACACGAUGGAGGAAUCAAUACCUUCGUUAGCGUCGGAUUCGGAUCGAGAUAAUGCGCACAGUGCGCUGCGGUGGAAACCAUCCACAUCGUCCUGCACCGUGGCAUCGUGCGAUGACAAUGGGAAACAUAACGAAUGUGCGGACCACCACCGCCGAGCACCAGAAAUCAAUCGUGCCGAUCACGAUGACAACCGCAUCCGUCACCGGGCGAGUGCAAGCGUUUCGAAUUACAACGCCGGGCGCCGGAAGUUGACCGCGGCCAGGCAACCGUACGACGCCGUGGACGAUGUCGUCAAAUGGCAGCGCGAUAAUAAAAAACACCAUCUCACUUCUCGCACCACAUCGAAAUGCGAUGCAGCGGAUGACGGCGAUAAAUCGAGCGGCCAUCGGGAGGAAUGGGUCGGUCGGUGCACGGUAACACACGAUGACCAUCAGCAAUUCGUCGCCGAACUCGAUGAAAACAUAACACUCCCAGUGUCACCGCGCCCAUUCCAGCACAAUCUGUCCAUCGCGCAACUAUCGGAGGACGACCCUGAUGACUCGCUGACGUUGGCACCACUAUCGUAAUGUCGGCCGUGUGCCGUGUAUCGUUGCAGAGUAGUAGAAAAUUUACCAAGCAAUUACAAACCAAAUAAAAGAGGAAUGUGACCAACGUUGCGGAGCUGGAACUCGGAGUUACUUUGAUGUUUCGGUCGGUCGUGUGUGUGUGUGUGUGGGUCUGUGUAGGCGACGAAGGAGAAGGUAAGUGUUUGUGUGAGUUGUACAUGGCACAAAUUAAAUUGUUCUCCUUCGUUUGACUGGUUUACUUUCCAUGUGCGGAGGAGUUCUUGAAGGGCAUUGAAUCGUGUGCUGGUACUAAUUCAUUUCACAUUCUCUAACGCUUGGAAGGGAAUUGCAAAUUAAUGGGCAUGAUUUCUUCUAACUUGGGUGUAACAAGUUAUAUUUGGUGUGUUAGAUUGAACAGUUUGCUCCACGCCAAGGAAUUCUCCGUUAAUAGACAAAAGUUUGGAAACUUUCGUCUAAACCCAAUAUGGCUGCCAUCGGAAUAUCUUGAAGGGCCUAAGAUUUAAGACUGAGUUUCGUAAAAAAACAUUUCAAGGGUUUCACAGGAGGUGUUGUUUGAUGCCUUUCUUAUAGCGUAACUAAGCCAUCAAUCGAAUCAUCGAUGAAAAAGCUGAAGUCACCUACUCAUUU